AUGACAGAAAUAGAGGAGAACGAAGAAAAACAUAAGGAAGAAGAAAAGAAGCAAGAAGAGAUGACAGAGACAAAGGAGAACAAGAAAACAAUGGUGGACACUCUUCCAGUAAAGAGGAAGUUAGAUUUAGAAAAGGAGAGUGAAAAGAAGAAAGUUAAAUUCACCACUGCAGCCAGCUCUGUGGUUAAGGAUAAAGAAAUGGAUGAAGAAACAGAGGAGGAAGAAGAGGAAGACUUUGUAAUCGACAUAAAGAAGAUGAACCCUAAACAAUUAAUGAAAGUUUCUGGAAAAUUGAAACUUCAAGCUGAAAAGGCAAAAUUUAGAGCAAAGACAAAGAAGACCAAAAUUCUUAAUACUGCAAAAACCAUUUUGUCUAAUCUCAUUCCUGACAUUGCUAUAUGA